AUGAUGUUUACUUUCCUUUAUACUGGUUGGGAGGGCACUGCAAAUGAUUCAAGAGUUUUUCUUGAUGCAAUUACAAGAUCUAAGAAUAAAUUUCCAUUACCUAAAGAAGGUGAAUAUUAUGUUAUUGAUUCUGGAUUUCCCUGUACCGUGGGUUUUCUUCCUCCAUUUCGAUGUGAAAGAUAUCAUUUGCAAGAAUACCAUGGUAGAGGUCGCCAACCAAGAGGAUCAAAAGAAUUGUUUAAUUAUAGGCAUUCUUCACUUAGAAAUGUUAUUGAACGUUGUUUUGGUGUGUUGAAAGUGCGGUUUCAAAUUUUAAAAAUGAUGCCACCUUAUAAACAAAGUAGACAACCUUUGACAGUUAUAGCUUGUUGUACACUACAUAAUUUCAUUCGAAAGUGGGCAUACAAUGAUGUUAUGUUUAGACAAUGGGAAGAAGAAGAACAAGAGAUUGAAGAUGAAGAAGCUGGUACAAGUGGAUCAAACAAUAGUAUAGAUUUGUCAGACGAAGCAACAACAGCUAUGGUAGCUUAUCGAAAUCAGCUUUCACAAGUAAUGUGGCAUGAAUAUGUUAGUAAUAUGUAA